CUUGUUCACACGUGAAUCGCCAGUGAAGGAGAAGAAAGGGGAAAAAAGAACAAUUACACGGACUUACAAAUGCUAUUAAUCCCGUGACCAUUGACCGGAAUGGAAAUAUACGAACCGACAAUAAGAAGUUGUUUGAUCCGGGUGGUCGUGUGAGCGCAACGGGCUCCAAGAAGAAACUCAUGGCAGGCAUCAGUGGAUGACGUGGGCUGUUCACCACCACCCAUCAUGGAUAUCAGCAGUCAGCCAUUCUCCCAUCUCAAAACCUCCGGUCUGGCUGGCUCCCGCUCCAUUACACCUCCCUGUGUGUGAGCUGUGACACUUGCUGGCCGUGGAUACCAUGACACAAAUGGACUACAAAUACAGCCUACUGGGCUCCUCGGUGGACGACUACCGAAAGAGGCCGCUGCUUCUGCAGGUGGACGACACACCCAUGAACCUGUUUGCAGUCCUGGAGGUGAAACGCGACCUGCCGAGGAGGUGGAGCACUCUGGGGUGCUUCCGCAAGAUCCGGCUCUACAGCUUCCUGUUCGGCCUGGCUGUCAUGUUCCUCAUCAUGGCCUCAUACAUUUUGACGGGGGACAAGAAGGGCCUUCUCCUCACUCCUUCCCCCUACCAUUUCAGCAGCCUGGUCAGUCCCGGACCCUUUGCCUUCAACCUCUCAUCAGUCAAGGACUACGCACAUAUCAAACUGGUGGUCAAGUCCAUCACUUCCAAGGUGGAGUUUCGCAGCAGUCGACAGCUCCCAGAGCUCAAGGCGCUGGUUAACAGUGAGCCACAUAUGUUUUCGGUUAUCCCUCGCAAAUUCCUGCCUGGUGUCAAGAAUCCCUGCUGGUACGAGGAAUACACUGGGAAUAUCACUUCAGACCCAUACAGGACAAAUUUGUACGCGCGCUAUUCCAGGCGCUUCCGGACCGUGUUUCAACACUUGAGGAACACUUUCCGAAAACACUUGUUUCACCGUGGCGGUAAACUCUACCGUGUACGGUGCCUCCCUUAUUUCUAUAUCAUUGGCCAACCAAAGUGUGGCACAACAGACCUGUAUGACAGACUGAGACUGCACCCAGACGUCAAGUUUACCACUUUCAAAGAGCCACACUGGUGGACCCGCAAGAGAUUUGGUAUCAUCCGUCUGAGUGAGGGCUUCCAUGAUCGCUAUCCAGUGGAGGACUACUUGGACUUGUUUGAUCAGGCUGCUUACCAAAUUCAAGGCAACCUUACAGCAAAUGCCAGUGGAACCCCCAGCCAACCAGACAUCAUCAUAGGAGAAGCCAGCGCGUCCACCAUGUGGGACAACAACGCCUGGGUGUACUUCUAUGAAAACAAUACACAGGAAGAGCCUCCUUUCCUUAUCCAGGACUUCAUCCACGCCCUGCAGCCCGAUGCCCGCUUCAUCAUCAUGCUCAGGGACCCAGUGGAAAGGCUCUACUCUGACUACCUUUACUUUGGUAUUGCCAAUAAGUCUGCAGAGGAUUUCCACGAGAAGGUGUCAGAGUCGCUGCAGUUAUUCGAGGGGUGCCUUACGGAGUACACAAUGCGCUCUUGUGUGUACAACACCACUGUCAACAAUGCCAUGCCGGUCAGAUUGCAGGUUGGCCUGUACAUUGUGUACUUGAUGGACUGGCUGACUGUCUUCAGCAGGGAACAGAUUCUGGUCUUGAGGUUGGAAGACCAUGCCUCUAAUAGGAAAUAUACAAUGCACAAAGUCUUUGAUUUCCUUAACCUGGGGCCACUGACAAAAGAUAUGGAGUCAGAGAUCACAAGAAGUCCUGCAUCAAACACCAGGAGGCCAGCUGACAAAAACCUAGGACCCAUGCUGACCCUCACUAAAGAGAUCUUGAGGGAUUUCUACACACCCUUCAAUGAGAAAUUGGCCAAAGUGCUGCGGAAUGACUCCUUCCUCUGGGAGAGCAACUCGAAACUUUGAACAUCCCCUUCCCCUUUACUCAGUAACAAAAAAGAAAAACCACUGACAUGUCAGCCAGCCCUUCAUUUUAGUUUCAUCUCUCUCAAGUGCCCAUGAAAAUCAAUGUUUUUUUAUUUAAAUUAUUUUUUAAGUUAUAAAAGCAGAGAUGAAUUAAUGAUAGAAAAUAGCACAAGUGAAUGUGGUGAUUGUGUGUGUGUGUGUGUGUGUGUGUGUGUGUGUGUGUGUGUGUGUGUGUGUGUGUGUGUGUGUGUGCGUGUGUUUGUGUGUGCGUGUGCGUGUCUGUGUGUGUGAGAGAAAUGUUGGCAGAUUUUGAUUGUUUUUGUGACCAGAUGUACAAAAUUAAA